GAUGAUGAACUUCAGAGGAGGAACCGCGCUUCAGCAGCACCAGGAUGUGGAGCCCGAGCCCGGAUGGAGCGGACUGGACGACCCCUGGACCGGGACACAGAGGGAGACGUUUGUGUUUCCGGAGGAUGAGGACAAUGACAACUGGCCUAUGAGAAGCCAAUCUCCUGUAUGGAUCCCACCACCUGUGGGGAGCCCAGCCCCACCUAUGAGAGGUCCCUUUUCUGUGUGGACCCCACCACCUGUGAGGAGCCCAUCCCCUCCUAUGAGAGGCCUCUCUCAUGUAUGGACCCCACCACCUGUGAGGAGCCCAUCCCCACCUAUGAGAGGCCUCUCUCCUCUAUGGACCCCACCACCUGUGAGGAGCCCAUCCCCACCUAUGAGAGGCCUCUCUCCUCUAUGGAUCCCACCACCUGUGAGGAGCCCAUCCCCACCUAUGAGAGGCCUCUCUCCUCUAUGGAUCCCACCACCUGUGAGGAGCCCAUCCCCACCUAUGAGAGGCCUCUCUCCUCUAUUGGUCCCACCACCUGUGAGGAGCCCAUCCCCACCUAUGAGAGGCCUCUCUCCUCUAUGGAUCCCACCACCUGUGAGGAGCCCAUCCCCACCUAUGAGAGGCCUCUCUCCUCUAUGGAUCCCACCACCUAUGAGGAACCCAUCCACACCUAUGAGAGGCCUCUCUCCUCUAUGGAUCCCACCACCUGUGAGGAGCCCAUCCACACCUAUGAGAGGCCUCUCUCCUCUAUGGAUCCCACCACCUGUGGGGAACCCAUCCCCACCUAUGAGAGGCCUCUCUCCUGUAUGGAUCCCACCACCUGUGGGGAGCCUCUCUCCUCUAUGGAACCCACCUCCUGUAUGGAUCCCACCACCUGUGGGGAGCCCAUCCCCACCUAUGAGAGGCCUCUCUCCUCUAUGGAUCCCACCACCUGUGGGGAGCCUCUCUCCUCUAUGGAACCCACCACCUGUAUGGAUCCCACCACCUGUGGGGAGCCCAUCUCCACCUGUGAGAGGCCUCUCUCCUGUAUGGAGACCAUCCCCUUGCAGAAACCCUUCCUCUGUGAUGAGUCCAUCCCCAGGAACGCAACCAUCCCCAUUGAGGAGGCCAUCACCUACAGGGAAUCCACAGCGUUUCACAGUUCCUCUGCCCCAGCCUCAUGUCCAGAUUAACCCCCACCACAUUGUGGCUGGUCAGCUGUAUGUUCCUGUCCCACGCCAGGGCAUAAGGAGGAGGAGGGACGAAGAGGAUGAUCAAGAAGCCCCUCCGAGUAGACGGCAGCAUGUGGAUCAGGAUGGGUAGCUGGGUUUCAUCAGGAGGAUCGUCCGAUUCCCCGUUCACUGGGUUUCUAUUUACAUGGGAGAGCUGUAUGUUCAAAAGUUCAGUCAUCACCUCAUGUUCAUCACCUCAUAUCCAUGAUGUAUGGUAAGUAUCUGUGGUAAGUAUGUAUGGUAAGUAUUUCACCCCUAGAUUUCAGCAUUAGUGUUUUUUUCAGAGAGAGAUUUCAGCAUUUUAAACAUGUGGGGUGGUGAGAAUCUGUAGUUUCUUUUGUAUUUUGCAUUUGCAUUUAGUUUGUGUUAAAUGUAUAGGAUUUUUAUAAUAUUAAUGUUGUUUAUCUAUAUAUAAUAUAUUUUAUAUAUAUAUAUAUAUUCAUAUAUAUUAAUAAAUAAAUAGAAAUUGUUUUG